CAGUUCAAAAACCUUAUCAAUCACCAUAAAAUUAUCAGUACAAACAAAUUCAUGGAAAAAUUCGCAUAGAACGUGUCAAUCUGUUGGUAAAAUUCGCGCUACAACGUUCGCCUUUCCGUUGAAACUUGAUUAAAACACGUUACCAUGGCCGCUGUUUCAGUCAACAAAGUUACAUUCAAAAUAACUCUAACAUCAGAUCCAAAAUUACCCUUCAAAGUUCUCAACGUACCAGAAAGCGCACCUUUCACAGCCGUGCUGAAAUACGCAGCAGAGGAGUUCAAAGUUUCGCCAGCAACAUCGGCUAUAAUCACAAAUGACGGAAUUGGUAUCAAUCCCCAACAUACUGCUGGAAAUAUCUUCUUGAAACACGGCAGCGAACUCCGAUUAAUUCCCAGAGACCGAGUUGGUCAUCACUUGUGAUAUGUUUGUUACGUAAUGUUUCGAUUCUUACGACGAUUUAAGAAUAAUGUAAAGUUCCUUGUAGGAUAAAUAUCACAGAGAUGACGAUAUCACGUACUACUUCGUAGUAAUGCACCCGAUGUUGUUUCAACGCUAAAAAUAAGCAUCGUAAUUUUUU